UGUACGCCCCACGGCCGUGUGGGCUUCUCGGGCCUCCCUCUUUCCCAGCCGAUCCUCAAGACCCGCCUCGAAAACACUUACAGGAUGCGUCCGGAUGAAGGCUGUAAGUUCAAUGCCGGGCGGGUACAGCGGGUGCUGGAGGGGGCCCUGGCCAGUGCCCUGAGGACCACAGCCUACAGCCCCCAGGGCAGCGCCUCGCUAGCCCAGAGCCUGGCCAAGCUGCUGCAGAGCCAGGCGAAGGAGGUGGUACCACCCCGCUACAAGCUGGUCUGCCAGGGGCUGCUGGGCCAGCAGGCACUGGUGUCCAGUCGGGCACUCUGGGUCCCCGAGAGUUACAACUUUGCCUCUGCCACCUUCUCGAAUGCCUCCCUCUUUGCUGUGGCCACAGUGCAUGGAGUCUACUUUGAGUAG